UCAUAUCCAAGUCAAUAUCACAUUUCAUUAAUAUUUCAGCAACUUUCCCUCUAUUAUCUCUUAGAAAAACCAUCUUUCUUAAACCUCUUGAUCAUCAAAUGCUCUGCUUAGUUAUAUAGUAGAUCUUUUGAAAGUAAAAAAAAAAAAAAAAGAAAAAAAAAAAGACAGAGAUGUUGCACAACAUCAUCAACGCAAUAACGGGUGAUCAGAAUCAUGAGAAUGAUAAGAAGAAGAUCAUAAAAGGGAGUGUGGUUUUGAUGAAGAAAAAUGUGUUGGAUUUCAACGAUUUCCAUGCAUCGAUUCUUGAUCGCGUGCAUGAGUUGUUGGGUCAACGAGUUUCUCUGCAACUCAUCAGUGCUGUUAAUGCUGAUCGUGCAAAUGGAUUGAAAGGGAUGCUUGGAAAGGCUGCAUACUUGGAGGAUUGGAUAACCACAAUCGCACCAUUGACACCGGGAGAUUCAGCAUUCAAAGUCAGCUUUGAGUGGGAAGAUGAAAUAGGAGUCCCAGGAGCUUUCUUAAUUAGAAAUAAUCAUCACAGUGAAUUCUACCUCAAGACUCUCACUUUAGAAGAUGUUCCUGGGGAAGGUAGGGUCCACUUUGUUUGCAACUCUUGGGUGUACCCUGCAUCCAAAUACCAAACUGACCGGGUUUUCUUCAGCAACAAGACAUAUUUUCCAAGUGAAACUCCAAGUUCACUGAUCAAGUACAGAGAAGAAGAACUAGAAAUCUUAAGAGGAAAUGGAAAAGGAGAGCUUAAAGAAUGGGACAGGGUUUAUGACUAUGCUUACUACAAUGAUUUGGGAAAUCCAGAUGAUGGUCAAGAAUAUGCUCGUCCUGUUCUUGGAGGCUCUACUGAGUACCCUUAUCCUCGCAGAGGAAGAACUGGCAGACCCCCAACCAAGACAGAUCCUAAGACCGAGAGCAGGCUUGGGAUUCUCAUGAGUUUGAACAUUUAUGUUCCGCGAGACGAAAGAUUCGGUCACUUGAAGCUGUCAGAUUUCCUUGCUUUUGCACUGAAAUCAGUAGCUCAAGUGAUCACACCUGAGCUAGAAUCCGUGUUUGACAAAACUCCCAGUGAGUUCGAUAGUUUUCAAGAUGUAAUGGACAUUUAUGAAGGAGGAAUUAAGCUGCCAGAGGACUUGCUUAAGCACAUUAGAGAGAAGAUCCCUGCUGAGUUGCUCAAAGAAAUUUUCAGGACUGAUGGUGCACAACUCCUCAAAUACCCUCUUCCUCAAGUAGUCAAAGAGGAUAGGUCUGCAUGGAGGACUGAUGAAGAGUUUGCAAGAGAAAUGUUGUCUGGAGUGAACCCUGUUAUCAUAAGUCGUCUCCAAGAAUUCCCACCAAGAAGCAAGCUCGACCAAGAAGUGUAUGGUGAUCACACCAGUACCAUAACUGAACAACACAUAGAGAAUAACCUUGAUGGGCUCACUGUGACUGAGGCAAUAGAGAAGAACAAGUUGUUUAUAUUGGACCACCAUGACACAUUGUUCCCUUACCUGAGAAGGAUUAACUCAACUUCCACAAAGACUUAUGCUAGUAGGACACUCCUUUUCCUGAAAAAUGAUGGGACUUUGAAGCCAUUGGUGAUUGAAUUAAGCUUACCGCAUCCCGAUGGUGAUCAGUUUGGUGGAAUUAGCAAAGUAUAUACCCCAGCUGAAGAAGGCGUUGAAGGUUCAAUUUGGCAACUAGCCAAGGCAUAUGUGGCUGUAAACGACUCAGGGGUUCAUCAGCUCAUUAGUCAUUGGUUGAACACUCACGCUGCGAUUGAGCCAUUCGUGAUAGCGACGAAUAGGCAGCUGAGCGUUCUCCACCCGAUUCACAAGCUCUUGCAUCCUCAUUUUCGAGACACCAUGAACAUAAACGCAUUUGCUAGGCAAAUCCUCAUCAAUGCAGGUGGCAUUCUUGAGUUUACAGUUUUCCCAGCAAAGUAUGCCAUGGAGAUGUCAUCAGUAGUUUACAAGAAUUGGGUUUUCCCCGAGCAGGCCCUCCCGGCAGAUCUCAUCAAGAGGGGAGUGGCAAUCCAGGACUCCAAUUCGCCGCAUGGUCUUCGCCUGCUGAUAGAGGACUAUCCCUACGCUGCUGAUGGGCUUGAGAUUUGGUAUGCAAUCAAAACAUGGGUUGAAGACUAUUGCUCUUAUUACUACAAGAGUGAUGAGAUGGUUCAAAAGGACUCAGAACUUCAGUCAUGGUGGAAGGAACUAAGAGAGGAGGGUCACGGCGACAAGAAAAACGAGCCAUGGUGGCCUAAAAUGCAGACACGCGAAGAGCUAAUCGACUCGUGCACCAUAAUCAUAUGGAUUGCUUCUGCCCUUCAUGCAGCUGUCAACUUUGGGCAAUACCCUUAUGCAGGAUAUCUUCCAAACCGCCCUACAGUGAGCCGUCGGUUCAUGCCCGAAAAGGGCACCCCAGAAUACGAAGAGCUUCAAUCUGACCCUGAUAAGGCAUUCUUGAAGACCAUCACUGCCCAACUUCAGACCCUCAUUGGCAUUUCCAUCAUUGAGCUUCUGUCAAGGCAUGCUUCUGAUGAGGUCUAUCUCGGGCAAAGGGACACUCCUGAAUGGACAACAGACACAAAUCCAUUGGAAGCCUUUGAGAGAUUUGGAAAGAAACUUGGUGAAAUUGAGGACAAAAUUAUAAGCAUGAACAAUGAUGAGAGAUUAAAAAACCGAGUCGGGCCGGUCAAGAUGCCUUACACUUUGCUCUUUCCUACUAGUGAAGGUGGACUUACUGGCAAGGGAAUCCCCAACAGUGUCUCAAUCUAAAAGCUUGUGAUCUCUUUGAAUUUGUUACUGUUCUUUUUAGAAUGGAAAGGUUUGUAUAAUAAGCUUAUUUCCCACUUAGCAGUCCUAAAGCUUUAUAUAAACUACUAAGAUUAGCAGUGAGGAAGAUGAUCAAUUGUGUGAAAAUAUGCAUUAAAUAAUAUAUAGUAUAGUUGAUAUUGUUGAUGCUAGUUAACCACAGUUCUGGUAAUGCUACUUUUUUGGGAGCUCUUUUCAA